GCUGAUGUCACCUGCCGCCCGGAGACCGCAGGUCUCCUCCCCGGGGCUGGGGCUGCGGCUGCGAACCGCUCUCCCUGUCUCCUGCAGCCCGCUGGCGGGGCCCAGCCCAAUGGCUUCCCCCCUGGGCAGCCCUCUCAGCGCGGGGCAGAGGCGGACAGGAGCAGGAGGCCUGGCUCCGAGCCCCAGCUCGGCCAGGAAGGAUCCGAGCGUGGAGCAGCAGCUCACGGUGGCUCUUCGGAUACGUCCAAUCAAUGAAGCUGAGCUGGAGGAAACUGCUGCUAUCAUAGCCCACAGAGUGGGUGACCAGAUGGUGGUUCUGAUGGACCCAAGUGAAGAUCCAGACGACAUCUUGCGAGCCAAUCGAUCCCGAGAGAAGACAUUUAUAUUUGAUGUGGUUUUUGAUCACAAAGCGACCCAGGAGGAGGUGUACGUGUCCACAACCAAAAACUUGGUGGAAGGAGUCAUUUCUGGAUACAAUGCAACCAUUUUUGCAUACGGCCCAACAGGGGCAGGGAAAACCUACACUAUGCUAGGGACAGACUGUGAUCCUGGGAUCUACAUCCGCACCCUAAAUGACCUCUUUAAAGCCAUUGAGGCAACCAGGGACAACAUGGAUUACACCGUCUCCAUGUCGUACCUAGAGAUUUAUAACGAAGUGAUCCGUGACCUCCUGAAUCCAUCCUCUGGAUUCCUAGACCUCAGAGAGGAUGCUAGGGGUAGCAUCCAGAUAGCAGGAAUUACUGAAGUCUCCACUACAAAUGCGCAGGAGAUCACGCAGCUGUUAACAAAAGGAAACAAAGAACGCACUCAGGAACCCACUGCUGCCAACAAGACAUCUUCCCGCUCACAUGCAGUCCUCCAGGUCACAGUGAAACAGAAGAGUCGGGUGAAGAAUAUUAAUGAGGAAGUGCGAGUGGGAAGGCUUUUCAUGGUUGACUUGGCAGGGUCUGAGAGAGCAGCCCAGCAGACUCGGAACCAAGGCAAGAGAAUGAAGGAGGGAGCUCAUAUCAACCGCUCGCUGCUAGCUCUGGGGAACUGCAUCAGUGCCUUGAGUGAGAAGGGAGGAAGUCGGGCCCAGUAUAUCAAUUUUCGAGACAGCAAACUCACACGCUUGUUGAAGGACUCAUUAGGGGGGAACAGCAGGACAGUUAUGAUUGCCCACAUCAGUCCUGCCAGCAUCUACUUUGAAGAAUCUCGAACAACCUUGAUCUAUGCUUAUCGAGCAAAAAACAUCAAGACAAGGGUAAAACGCAACCUGCUGAAUGUCUCCUAUCACAUUGCACAGUACACCAGCAUCAUUUCAGAUCUACGCAGGGAGAUUGAGGGUCUGAAGGCAAAGAUUGAAAAUCAGGAAAAGGAGAAGAGUGCAGUCAGCUCUGGCCUCAGGGAUGUACAAGUGGAGGCACAUCAGGAUUUGGAGGCGUACAGCCAGCAAGAGAUGAACAAGUUACGGGAGCAGCUGAUAGGGGCUUUCAAGGAGCAAAUGGAGAUGCGCCGCAGCCUCAUGGAGCUGGAGAACACCAACAUUGAGCUACACAUUGAUACCUCCAGGCAUUUGCUAACGAUUGCCGACUGGGAACGAGAGAAGACUCAGCAUGCUCGGAAGUGUUAUAACAAGCUGGUGAAAGGAAAGGAAGAUGAAAACAUGGAGGAGGCAGACAGAGAAGUAGAGGGGGCAAGUUCCCCUGAACCUCAUGAAGUCACUGUAGCAAGAGAGGAGAUCAACCUGCUGUUGGCAGAGCUGCGAAAAACAGCAACAUUAAAGUCGGAGCUGGAGCAGCGCUUAGCCAAUGCCAAGAAAAAAGCCGCCCAGAUGGAGAAGCUGUUACCCAAACAAAUCACCAGUGCGGACCAGCGAGAGGUGCUGAGGCUUCUCUGCAAGGCUCAUGAGCUGGAGGUGGGGAACACGGAGUUGCAGGCAAAUGUCUUGUACAAGGAGAAUUUGCUGUGCCAAAAGGAUUUUGUCAUCCAGCGGCAGCAGCAGCACGGACUGCUCUGCGAGGAAAUCAUUCAGCAGCAGCAAAUGCUGAUCAAAGGCCAUGACAUCCCUGUCCCAGAGAUGCUGGGGACGCUGUAUCAACUGCACUGCCGUGAACUAGAGGAGGGGACCCUGACCCGCCUGCUCCUGCUUCACUCUGUAAUGUCCAGCACGCUGAGGGGUGGCUCUGCUCUGAAUAUAGCUCAGCAGCUGGACCUAAACAAAGAAGAGGCCAGAAAAGGGCUGUCUGGCAACAGGAAGAGUCUUCCUUCUGGAGCAAAGUUUGAGCUUCCGUCUAUUGUCUUGGAGUCAGACAGUGACAGCUACAGAUCAUCUAAAACAACACCUGCUAGGAAACUGGGGAAUUCAGAUACCCAUCUCAGCCCUACUUUCUUUCGCUUGCCAAGAACCCCACUGCACCAGCAGAAACCAACUGGCGUUACUGUAGGAAAGAUGACCUCCAAGCUAUAUUCCCCCACCUCUCUGGACUUAAACAGGAGAAAGUCAGCUGCAGAGAUUGCUCUUGCCCCACUGAGUCUGGAGACCCUGACGGAGAUUGCUGUUAGCACCAAAAGCAUCUCCCGCAUUGCAGCCAGUCGGCGUUCCAGAGCCCAACAUAGAGACCAUGGGAGUGAACUCAUCUCGGGGCAUUUCUUUGAGGAGGAUAUAUUGGAGCCGAAAUAUCUGCAGUCCAGCUUCACUCCAGAGCCUCACGUGAAAGACGCUGUGAGUACUGAGAGCCUCUCAGCAGAGUCUCAGAGAAAGGAGCAGCUGCACUACACAGCCAGGAGAGAACUGAAGAAGGAUCAAGAACGAGAGGAAUCAGUUGAGAGGAAAGCCAGGAAGAAAAGAUCUCAUUCCCUUGAAUCAUCCUCACAAAAGAUCUCGAAAGCAAAGCAUCGGACUCCCUCGAGCCACAAUACGGACAAUCUUUCUGAGGACCAGCUGCCCCAAGCUAAACUUUUCCAGCCGUUGAAGAUCAUGAGCAAUUUAUCCCAUGCCACUCCUGCCGCCAUAAAGGUCAAAUUCCCCAUCAGUCACCAUACAGAAGAAAAUCCAUUACAGGUGAUGGAAAUAAGCAACACUCCCCCAAGCACCGUUCAGCAGAGCAAUGCAAGUCAGACCAGAGGCCAGGUCCUACAAAAGCGGGUCAAAGGGCCCACAGAUGGUGCCAGCAACCAGCUGAAGAACCAACCGAUCACAAGCUUCAAGAACCUGCCGAGGUCAAAAUAAAAUCACCAGGGAGAGCAAGAUUCCAUCUGUUCCCGAGGGACCAGGACUACAGGGGUACUAAAAAGACACCAUGUGAACCAGAUGAGAGCAAGAAACUUAGUGUGAUGGAAUACCAUGAAUGUGUUCCAAAUGUGUACAUCUCUGCUAAAUACCUUUGGGCUGAUUCACUCUGAAAAGUCAGUGUUCAGAAACUAGAUCCUAUUCCCCUCCCAGGCUGCUACUUUGAAUCCUGACACUAAGGCACUGGUUUGUGGACAUAACUCAGACUGGAGGUUUUGCAUUUGGAAACAAAUGGAACCUGAUGUUAAUUUUCCAGGAACACCACCCAGCUGAAGAUGAAUCGGAGCCAUUGUAUGCAAUGUUUUUUAAUCAUUUUCCUAUAUUUAAAAUCCGCAAGUUAAAAAAAUAUGAAUGUAGAGAUUUGAGAAAGAAGACCUCAGACACUUGAAGUCAGUAACUCAGUGUUGCUGCUCUGCACUCCAAAGAGUCGGUCUCCCAUCUCUUAAAGCUGAGUGUCUGUUUCAUAGGGGAGAGAGAGGGUACUAAUUUCAGAACGCAGAUGAAGGACAUUGCCUCUGACCUGGAAUGACGGACUCUCCUGUUCUUGCCUUUUACAUGUGAGGAAAGAGACAAGAAUUUAAACUCCUCUGGGCCUUUUGUGUGAUAAGUUUUAGGUGUGUUAAAUUAGGGGAGCUCAAACUUUGCCCAUCUAAAGUUCACAUAAUUGACAACUUGUUGGAAGCCCAAGGGCUGCACCAAAUUUGCACAAAUGGGAUAGCCUGUAGCUGCCUUCAUCUUCACAGGAGGUGCAGCAGGUAGAGAUCACAGGUCUCACCACACAAAUUUGCACAGCGGAGAUGUCUACCUCCGAGCAGGUCACUUCGAAGUGGCCUCUCUCCCCCAAAGCACCGAACCAAAGCACCAGCCUGCAACAGAAAGAGGCCCUGCUACACGACUGGUCUUUCCUGUCAGUUCAUCUCUAGGCACCUGGCAUUCCACAAUCCACACAACUAAAUAUUUGCACAAAAUAAACUUGCCUAAAUUAUUUUUUCUCCUUCAAGAUGGUUACAAAAUCAAUAACCAAUUCAACAAUGAUUUUUAGGUUAAUACAACUACUAACAAGUUUUCCUACUACCAGUAACUGAUUGGAAUAUAGUUUUACAGUGCAGUGGGUUUCCCAUACAUCUUUUAAGAGAGCUAAGAUUCUUUUUUAAUUGUUAUACCCAUAUUCGUCUAGCUUCGUCUGCUUGAGAGGAGAAUGUGAGCAAUCCUUGGCUUCCCAUUUUCCACAAAUUAUUUUGAGUACCUGUUGCUAUUGGCACCUAAGCCACAAGCAACAGAUCAUAUUCAUGGAAACUGCCUUCUAAUCUGAUGCCAACUAUAAUCCCUCAGUCUCUGGCCUGGUUUACAGAGGGGAAGUUGUAUAGCAUUUUUGUAGGGUUGCCAUUGCUGCUUAACUGACAGCCCUUCAGCUCAGAUGCAAGGUACAAACUGUCCUGCUGACUCCAGUCCAGUGCAGAGGGGAAAGUUUUGUUUGCUAUUAGGAUGCAAAUGAAUAUAUGAGAGAGAGCCACCCACAGGGAUAAACAAUUUAGUUCCUUUAGGAAAUAUUUGCACCCUGAAAGAGACAUGGAAAAGUCCCAGAGAAGGGAGCAGAGCUGUCCCAGUAGGCAAUGCAGGGGUGAGGGACUUGGCACAGAGUUGCUUUAAGGGAGUAUGAAUAGAUCACUCAGUGAAUGAGACUGAACAGAGAGGCCAUUCAGCCUGGAAGAAUGAACUCCAAAUACUCUGGACCCUUCUGCCUGGAUCCAUACUCCGCAUUUAUAGCAUGCCUUUCACAUGAGCCUCGAGGUGUUUUACAGAGGCUGGUACUGCCCAGACCUUACAAACAGGGAAACUGAGCCAUGGAAGUU